GUUGAAACAAAUUGAACAUCAAACAGCUUUUGCUCAGCUUCCAGUGACUUGCUAUCUGGUAUACGCAUUGUGCUGGUUAAAUCAACAUGAAUAUGUUACUGUUAUUGGCAAUUGUGCCAGUUGUUUUAGUAGCAGGCAACAACUAUGGACCUCAAAUUUAUCCAAAAUCGCACGAGUUCAAGUUUUUCCCAAUGGGACCAGCAUCAUAUUACCGAUACAAUUUCAAAUGUUUGAAAAUUAACGAAACAAGUGACAGCCGAUUUUCAAUGGCAGAAUUAUGUUGGCCAGUCAACAGAAUCGACCCUGGAUUUGUCUUCAGCUCGAACGGACCACUUUCCACACACCGAUGCACAAAAGUGAGUGAAAGUCGAGGAGUCUCACCUUCAAGGGGAUGGAACAACAAUUACAUCUGUGUGCCAAAUGACUCCCCAUAUGUUUUGGCUUGGUCACAAAACGGUCCAAUCACCUCAUCUUGUCACCAUUGCAUUUCAUUUGCCACAACCAAGACACCACAAGUUUCAGGAGAAUGGAGUAACAACUUCCUUUGCAUCAGAUGCAAAGCCUGCAGAACUGGACCACGGGGUAUCCCAGGGCCACAAGGACCACAAGGAGAUCAAGGUCAACAAGGCAUUCAAGGUGACAAGGGAGAUCAGGGCGAUAAAGGAGAUCAAGGGGAUCGUGGUUCUACUGGAGCACAGGGAGCAAAAGGAGACAAAGGUGACAAAGGUGAAAAAGGAGAUACUGGUCCAAUUGGUCCUCAAUGCGCACCUGGAAUGAAAGGAGACAAGGGGGAUGUUGGUCCAGAAGGUCAACAAGGGAUGAAAGGAGAUACUGGACCACAAGGAGCUAAAGGAGAUCAGGGACCACAAGGACAGCAAGGACGAAAGGGUGUUAAAGGGGAUACUGGAAGUGCCGGACAAAAUGGUGCUAAAGGAGAUCAAGGAGAUCAAGGAGUUCAAGGCGACAAAGGAGAUAAAGGAGAUCGUGGUCAACAAGGUACCCAAGGAAACCCUGGAGCCAAUGGCCAAAAUGGUGCUAAAGGAGAUAAAGGAGAAAGAGGUAUGAAAGGAGAUACUGGCAGUCAAGGUCCAGCUGGAAGUCCAGGAACUAAUGGCAAAGACGGUGCUAAUGGUGCCACCGGUCCACAAGGAGACAAAGGAGAUCAAGGAGAAAAGGGAGACAAAGGAGACCGAGGCAUGAAAGGUUCGAAAGGAAUUCAAGGUAUGACUGGCGAAAAGGGAAUACAAGGACCACAAGGUGAAAAAGGAGCUGACGGACCACAAGGACUGCAAGGACUUAGAGGACCACGAGGGGAAAAAGGUGACAAAGGAGAUCAAGGUCAACAAGGUGCUGCAGGUAUGACUGGUGCUACUGGUGCUAAAGGAGACAAAGGAUUAAGAGGGAUGAAGGGAGCAACUGGAGCAACAGGAGCACAAGGCGAAAAAGGAAUUAAGGGAGACACUGGUGCAACUGGUGCACAAGGAGCUGCUGGAGAAAAAGGUGACAAGGGUGAGACUGGCGCAACAGGAGCACAAGGCAACCAAGGUCCAAAAGGAGAUACUGGCCCAAGAGGUCUUACCGGUCAAAGAGGAACUGAUGGACAGACUGGACCAGCAGGUGCUAAAGGUGAUAAAGGAGAUAAAGGAGACAAAGGACAAACUGGAGCCACAGGUGCUCAAGGAGCUCAAGGAGAAAAAGGAGACACUGGUGCAAAAGGUGAUCAAGGACAACAAGGACAACAAGGUGCACAAGGAGUCAAAGGAGAUAAAGGAGACACCGGAAGCCAGGGAGCACAAGGAGAAAAGGGAGAUACGGGAGCAAGAGGAGCUACUGGUGCACAAGGAGAUAAAGGAGCUACUGGAGCACAAGGGAACACUGGACCUAAAGGUGACACUGGAUCACAGGGAGAACAAGGCCAGCAAGGACCCCAAGGAAAUGAAGGUGCCAAAGGUGAUAAAGGAGAACCAGGACCCAGCGGCAGCCCUGGACUUGGAGGCCAAAAAGGAGACAAAGGAGACAAAGGAGAUAAGGGAAAUACAGGACAACAAGGCGAAAAAGGAGAUCAAGGUUCCAACGGUGCAAACGGAGCUAAAGGUGAUAAAGGAGACAAAGGCGAUAAAGGAAACCAGGGAUCACAAGGUAUCCAAGGACCUGCUGGAAGCGAUGGUCUUAACGGUGCCAAGGGAGACAAAGGCGACAAAGGUGAUAAAGGAGACCAAGGAAAUACAGGUAGCACUGGAGCUAAAGGAGACAAGGGAGACAAAGGUGACGAUGGUCCACAAGGAAUCCAGGGAGAUCAAGGACAACAAGGGCCCAAAGGACCUACUGGAGACAAGGGAGAUACUGGUGCUACAAGUGCUUUAACUUGUGUUUAUAAGGAAGGUGCCAAUUCAAUUGCUUCUUGUCCAUACGGAUACUCAGCAACGUGUUGUUCUUGUGGUACCGGCUGUAACUCAUGGAUUAUCCUUUAUGGCAACAUGUGUGUUUGCAAAUGUAGCAAAACUGGAUUUGCAGCCGCCAUUUGCUGUAACAUGACUCACUAAAACACUUCUAAUAUU